GUGAGACGUCUUUCAACUAAAUUAAAUUAAUUCUAAAUUAAAAAAUCUAUCGACGCUUAGUGAUCUAACAAAAAUUUAUUUAUUCAACUUUUGAAUAGUUUUACAGGAGUGAUCGACCAUGAAGGCCUUAGUUUGUUUUGUUGUUUUCAUUAUAGGAUCAGUUCACCCUGACAUGUCCGGGGAAUGCGAUCUGGCUGGAUUCUAUCUCGAGUUGGGCUGCACUCCAAUACCGAAGGUGGACAACUCAACAACAUGUCCGGAUGCUUUCCAAUGCCCCGAUCUACAUCCAGACCCGACAAUGUGUUACUACAGGGGAGCUGCAUAUGGCGACAGAUCAUCAAUACCCCAGAAUUUGAUCAACAACCCGUGCUCGCAGUCGUGCAGUUGUACUGUCUCGGGGGAGCCACGCUUCGAGUGCGCGGCCGUCGACUGCGUGGAGACCUUCGAUAGUGAUCUCAAACAGCAGUGCAUCGACACAUUUGAUUUGGACUCGUGUUGUAGCACGGGUAAUGUUUGUGGCAAAGAUGCAAUUGCCAGUCUGAAGACUUGCGAAGUGGAUGGACAGACAUACAGAGCCGGUGAAAGGUUCGAGCCAAAGAAUACGAGAAAAACUUGCAUAUGUACAGGGGACUGGAAUGGUUCAGUGGAGAAUAAUGCUUACUGCAGAGAAAUCAACUGCGGUAUAGAAAUACACUAUCAGGAGAAGAUUUUGGAUAACUGCGCACCAGUCUUCGUAGGAAAUAGGCGGAGUUGUCCCAUCGCUUUUCAAUGUGCAACACCUACGGCAAAAGUCAUCCGUGGUUUGAAUCUGCGUAAUGUGAACUCACAAUGCGUGUUCGGGAAUAUGACACUGGCCGUUGGAGAUGAGGUAGCUGUAGAUGAGACCUGUACCAAGUGCUCCUGUGAGGUGCCACCAUUUGUAUCGUGUACCAAGGCAAAUUCAUGUUAAUUAUAGCUAGAUGCUUUUAUUCUACAUUUUUUUGGUCCUUAGAGCCGGAUGUAGUAGGCAUCCGGCUCAAAGGACCAAAAAUGUAAGGGUUGAUCCCUACACUUGGUUGAUAAAAUAAUAAUGUUGUUGAUAAUAUACGAGAAUGAUUAAAUAAAUGACACGUCCCGUCGUCUGUACUUAUUGAUAACACUGAUUUUUUACUAAUUAGUAAAAUGAUACAUUUGAAAUACAGUGCGAUCAGAUUACUGGAUAAGUUAUUUAUAUAAACAUAUAUUAUUGUACAGUGUUCCGUCCAACGCAUAUAAAUACACUGUGCAGGUUUCGUCGAUGUUAAACUUUCCAUAAGAACAUGGAAAUCAAAAUAUUAGAAUAUUUCUAUAUAGGUUCCUAUAUUAAUCUGUUUUUUUACAAGUGACAGUGCAGAACAUUUUAUAGGACAAUAAGAUGUUUUGAGGUAGAUCCGGACACAUUCGAUUUCUCCUAAAACUAAGCAAUAUUUUUACCGCUGACGACGCUACUUUAGUUAGCCCAUCGGCUCCGUUCGGUUUUGUAAUGGAAUUGGAUCAGUCGAAUAAAGUGAUAACAAAUAUUAAAUUAAUUUUUAAGUAGUAUAAUACUUGUUUUUUUAACUAUCGAAUGUUACCCCAAAAAACCUUAUGUCAUAUAU